AAGUUUUUAUUUAACAUUCGUAUUAUAAUGGACAACAUUGUUGACGAUCAAGAAAACUUGAGAGAAUUUCUUGAAGAUGCGGAGCUCCAGCAGUACCAUGAAUUAUUCAGGGAUAUAUUAAAAAUUAGUAAGCUAUCACAAUUAAAGUUUGUUGGGAUUGAUGACUUAAUGCAGAUUGGUCUGUCCAGGCCAGAACAAAGAAGAUUCAAGAAAAUUUAUUCAAAAUUCUUUCCGAAUACAUAUAUUACUAAAUUAAAAAAACUACUUCAUAUUAACAAGAGAAAUGAACUGAACAAACAUCGCCAAAUGUUUAUGCCUAUGGACUUUCAAUCCUUUACCGACAUGAACGUAAAAGUUCCUACGAAGCACAUCAUACCCAUUGAACACAUUACAAUAAACAAAGAGCUUGGAAUGGGACAAUUUGGCGUAGUUCAACAAGGUACAUGGGCAACUGGAACUCAAAGACUGCAAGUGGCUAUUAAAUGUUUAGGAAAUGAACGAAUGACGUCUAAUUCGACAGAGUUCCUCAAAGAAGCUGCAGUGAUGCACAGUAUAGAUCAUCCCAAUAUUGUGCGAUUAUAUGGUGUUGUAUUGCACCUAGACUCUUUGAUGCUGGUAACAGAACUAGCACCACUGCGAUCGCUUCUAGAGUGCCUCCGCGAGGUUACCCUGCGAAGUAACUUCUCGGUGGCGGUUCUCUGCAAUUUUGCGGAACAAAUCUGUGAUGGAAUGAAUUAUUUGGAUAACAAAAGACUGAUACACAGGGACCUGGCGGCGCGGAAUAUACUGGUGUUUAACAAAGAUUGGGUAAAAAUCUCAGAUUUUGGACUCUCCAGAGCCUUGGGCGUUGGGAAGGACUACUAUCAAACUAAUUACAAUGUGGAUCUCAAAUUACCUGUGGCUUGGUGUGCACCAGAAUGUAUUCUAUACUUAAAAUUUACCUCAUCAAGUGAUGUUUGGGCUUUCGGCGUGUGCUUAUGGGAAAUGUUCACGUACGGCUUCCAACCGUGGGCUGCUUUUUCUGGGCAACAAAUACUUGAAGCUAUAGAUGCCCCCAAUUUUCAGCGUUUAGAGCGACCUGAAUGUUGCCCCGACGCUUAUUAUUCGUUAAUGCUGGAGUGCUGGUCGCACGAUGUUAAUGAUCGGCCGAAGUUCAAAGAUUUAAGUACCAGGUUUCGACAGAUUAGACCUGAUGAAGUUCAAACUACUGUCAGUUACAAGAGACCCGAGGAUGGCAGGCGAUCUAACUUUCUCGAAUACAAGGUUGGACAAAGGAUAACAGUACUUGCAAGGGAGAGUGCAACUAAAUCCGCGAUGUGGUACGGAGUUCUCCCGGGAGGCGCAUGUGGAUUUUUCGACCCCAACCAUACAAAACCCUACGUCAGCAUAGAGCGCGGUGCUUUCGUGCCUGGUUCAUUGUCACCGCACCCAAAUCGCAACUCCGCACGAUCUAUUCGUUCCUCACUACUGAGGAGUGACGUCAAACGUCAUACAUUCACUGGCAAACGCACUAUAGAAAGGAGCAUGAUAUCGAGUCCGCAGGGCGAUGUGAAACAUACUGGCCACGUUGGACUUGACGGGGCCUAUUUCGGUGAUCUAUCAUUUUUGGAGCCAACUGGAUGUCCUCCACGUCAAAUUGUUACUCCGUAUAAGUCGUCAGAAGAUUUAGAGCAAGUUCCGCUGAUAAACCCCAAUUCUCCUUCUCAUUUGACUGCUACGACAUCUACCUCACCCUACCCUUUGCUCUGCUCAAACAAACCAUCCACCAAUUGCGACGAAGUUGAUUUGUCUUAUGAUAACGGAAAAACCAAAGGUGCAAAGAAAGCUCAUAAGUCAAGUUUGGAACCUACAACCAGUAAAAGUCUUCUCAGCAAGGUAAAAAAUGCAACGCUAGGACGUGUGCACAAGAGUGAAGACUUUACGAAACAGGAGGAGGUGCACGAGUAUCAUGAAAUACCUGAUACUCGUACGGAGAGUUCACCGGCAGAAAUGGGAGCUGAAUGUCUUCCAGAAAGUCCUGGAAUUAAGGGAUGUACCGACUUUAGUCAAAGCUUAUUGGACGAGAUGGAAACAAUAUUCAGAAGUAUGGAUGACAGACAGGAUGAAGAUAGUUCCGAUGGAGAAAUCACAGUAUAUGGAUUCAAUUCGGCCCAUUACCGAUUAGCUUACAUUUGAAUAAUUGUCAAUAAUUUAUUAUCUAUCAGGACCUAUACUAUUAGUUAGCAGUGUUUAAUUGGAAUUCAAUAACAGUCGAGUUCUUUUAAUUUUUCCGAGUCGCUGGUUGAGGACAAAGCAGAGCGAGAUUGAAGCG